UUGGAUUUGUUGCCACAUUGCUUUCUCUCUCAUGUCAAGUAGAGGGAGGUGAAAUCCUAAAUUGUCAUUAAAUCCCCACAGAGAUUCGGAUUAGAAUGAAGCCGGCAGGCCAUCUUUUCGCAGCUGUCUGGGUGGUUGGACUUUUCUCCUUCAGUCUUUGCCAGAAAGACUGUGUUCUGCAGGAUGGAAAAGUAGGACAGCCUGGAAUUCCUGGGAGAGACGGCUGGGCAGGACAGAAAGGAGAGAAGGGAGAACCAGGUUUGCAGGUGCAGCUGAGUAAGGAAGCCCUGGCUGCUCUAAAAGGAGAUGAAGGUGAGCAGGGCCCUGUAGGAGGCAUUGGAGUUAAAGGCUAUCAGGGGCUCCUCGGGCCACCCGGUCCGGCUGGUCCUCCAGGGCCUAGCGGAAGAAGUGGAGACAGUUUUGGAGAUGUUGAUGUAAGCAAGGCAGCCUUUUCUGUGAUAAGAACCAGGAAGAUGUACCCCAAGCACUAUCAACCAGUCACCUUCGAUAGAGCAAUUAUUAAUGUCAAUAAUGACUUCAACAUUGAGACAGGUCAUUUCACGUGUAGGGUUGCUGGGGUGUAUUACUUUGUGUUCAAUUCAGUCUCUGAGGGAAACCUGUGUCUAAAACUGAGGAGCAACCAUAGUCCUGAUGUGAGUCUGACCUUUUGUGACUUUAACCAGCGCCAAAUAUCUCAGGUUGUGUCUGGCGGGGCCGUUCUUGAGCUUGCUAAAGGGAAUAAGGUAUGGAUAGAACCUGUCAAGAACCUCGAUCGUGAAACUGUGGAGCACAACAGAAUGACAAUCAAAAGUGAGCCGUCAGCUGUGUUCAGUGGAUUUCUAGUCUUUGCUACUGAGUAAUGUAACAGCUCCAUCUUAGACUGCAGUUUCUGUGUUUAAAGGCUUGAAUUACAUAGCAAGUAUAUACUAGAUUGUAUUGUGACUGUACUGGACUUUCAGCUCAUGACCUGUCACUCGUGUUUUUUUUUUUUAAUUUUACACAAAUAUUUCAGUUGUAAUACUCAUGCAAUAAAUUUUUCUUGUGAAAUUUGA